GGUCCUCCUAGCUAAUACUUCGUGCUCGCUACAUUUUCUCCCCUCGGUGUGCUCAACAUCAAACACAGCAGCGGAGUCAAGGGAGCAUAAGUGUGUUUCCAAAGACUGGCUUGAGGUGAGGCUCAGCUGGUGAGUGUUAUCAUCCUGUGCAUCAGCCUCUCUGCCAUGGCUACUUCACUGUCGUCACAGCUGCUGCAGCUGGCCGCACCGCAGACCUCCAUCUUUGACCACAAGCGCGACCGACGCUCCAUUUUAUUUGACCCAUCUGAAGCAGCAAAGUUUGGACGAGACGUUUAUUAUGAUAUUGGCUUGUCAGGCUAUGAGGUCCUUGCCGCCACUGACCCAGUUUUCCGACCGUUUGCUUCAAGUCUGUUUGGUCGCAGCAGCCACGACCUCCAGCGUGCGGUGGAGACGAGGGAGGUAAAUGCAAAGCUGGACUUGGAGAUAGAAAAGUUCCUCCUUCUUCUGUGCCCCUACCUGGAGAAGGAGGCAUCACUGAGGGCCCUGGAGUGGCUUGUGUACAGGUUUCAGAUUAAUGAAAUGAAUCAGCAGGCGCUCCUCAAAUGCAUCUUUCCAUACUACGAGUCGCCGCUCUUUACACGGAUACUGCAAGUCAUAGCUCUUGGAGGAGAGGGAGCAGAGUGGCACUGGCUGUCUGGCUGCCAGAAGGGCGUGAAGCCCCUCCCCAAGCGCACAGUCUUCGUACGCUGGGCCGGCAGCCAAGCAUUCCGGAACUUUGUGGCAGACUUUUUGAGAAGCAUGAUCAAGGUACAUGCCGGCCAUUGCACGCCUGCCAUUGUUGCGUCGUUCUUCAUCACCACAGUCUUGGGUGGCCUUGGGGCGACAGAGGUGAGAGAGGAGCACCUUUCCAGCAUGGCCAAGAGCUUGCCACACUGCCUUGCGUCAAGCCAGGAGCAGCUUGUAAGUGGCUGUUACCUGCUGCUGUCAACCCUGGCCAGCAAGACACGCCUGGCUCCCACCCUCACCUUCUCACUCAUGGAAGCUCUUAUAAAGAAUCACCCGCCACCCCCGGCACUCGUGGAGCAGUGCCUGUUAUGCCUGCUGGUCUUGGCACACCACCAACCCCUGAAGGAGCUGGCACCUGAGACAGCAGUGGCUCUGUGUGGCACAGCACUGCUGGAAGGCCUGGCACAAGUGGCGAAGGAGAGGAGUGUGGCGGCUCUGCUCUCUCCCUAUGUUGCGGGUUAUGUUAGGUACCUCACUGGGGGAGAGGAGGAAACACUUCGGAAAGAAAAGACCAUUGUUAAAUUUGACAAGUUUAUGGAUGAACUGUUCUCCCUCCCACUCUCUGACUCAGAUGCUGCCAAGGUUAUGUGGUCACUGUAUGAAGCAGUGCGCACCCAUCUCAGCGCCCUGCAGUCUGCCCCGAGCCUGUUGGCAGCCGUGGGUAGGGCAGUGAGGGCAGUGGAGACUGUGCACCCUCAGGCAUACACAGAGGCCACCACUCGCCUCGCCCAGCGGCAGGAUGACCCUGGGCUUGGGGGAGAGUACAGGAAGGUGCUGCGGUCGCUGGUGCUUCCGGCGAGUGGGUCGUCUGGCAGCUUCACACAGCUGCUCCACCCACAGGAAACUUUGAGGGAGGAGGCCAGCAGGGCCUACCUCAAGAAGCUGGACAGAGAGGAGCAGUCCGGGGGAGCCACCGUGCUGCACGUCCGCAGCAUGCUGUCUGAUGACCACCCACCAAUUCCUCUUAUGGCACUCUCCACACCGGUGGCACUGGCAGCACUCCCGCCUCCCGUCCUGGCUGAGCAGUGUUGCCGCCUACUGUCCAAGAGUGGGAAAGGAUGGCAGGCAGUACGAGAGGCAAGUUUGGCGGCCCUCUCAGGCAGUGCUGCGGCUCACUAUGACAGCAGCACAAGCCAUUUGGUGCUGUCUACCUGCCUUCCUUAUGUCCUGCUGCCCAGGACCUUCAGUGACCUCGUGCUGGCCAAGAUUUUGCUUAAGUCUCAGCUUGCCAAGAAGACUGCCUUCCUGUCAGCACUGAAGAGAGAGGCUGCACCGUGCCUACACAGUGGAGGAAAGGCGAGGGACUACGCUGAAAAAAUCUGGAGUGGCAUGCCCAGAGUUGUGUCUGGCUUUGGUGCCUCUGAGCUGCUGUCCCUGUGCGGUGUGUCAGAGAGCAGCAGAGAAGGAGCUGCUGAGGCCAAGGUAAUGGCGCUGGCCCUUCUCCACGCAUCACUAGGCAUGCAGGGAGCCAAGGAACACCUGGGACUCAAGCUGGCCCACAAGCUGAUUGACCUGUGUUUGGUUUUACUGGAAACUGGGAAGGCAGCGACAGGGCCCGCAGCGCCGCCCAAGAACAAUGACUGUGGAGGUGAUGCCCAGGGACUGUCUCUGGACCAGCUGCGUGUGGCUCUGGCUCAGGUGGGCCAGGGCCACCCUCCCCUUCACCUGCUGACUGCCUGCGUCCUGCGUGUGUGUGCAGCCUUCACUCUGCCCCGAGCCUGUGCCCACACUCCCUACUGGACCCCAAUGAUGGAGAGUGAGCCAGGCGAGGGCCACUUGCUGCUGCUGAUCAAAGUGCUGAAGGCAGCACUGAGGCUGGAGGCUGCCUGCAACACAGCAGGCUGCAAUGCAGUGCUUGUCAAAGUUUUCAAGGUGUGUAUUUACCUGUAGUCUGUCCCAGCCAGA